AUGUCGCUCUGGAAAAACACCGGGUUGACUCUCCUGCGCCACGCAGUUGCUGGCGACCGCAUUGCUCACUCUCAAUCCACCCGAUUCCUCAGCUAUUCCUCACAAGUAUUGGGGUCUAAUCGGGCUCCAGUGACUACGAGAAGGUCCACCCUGAUCUCUAGAGAGCCGCGAUCCUGGACAGGAGUUGACUCACGGCGUCGCUUCUCCGCGACUGGAGGAGUUCAGCAUGGCCAUAUCACGCCUCCAAAGCCUGGAGAAGAAAUCCAUGUCUCUUUCAUUGACAAGGAUGGUGAAAGGGUCGACUUGCAGGUGUCGGAGGGGGAUAACUUGCUAGAUAUUGCGCAAGCCCACGAUCUGGAGAUGGAAGGAGCCUGCGGUGGUUCAUGCGCGUGCUCAACGUGCCAUGUUAUCGUGGAGGAUCCUGAUAUGUUUGACAAGAUGGAGGAGCCGUCAGACGACGAGAAUGACAUGCUGGAUCUUGCGUUUGGCCUGACCGAGACAUCGCGACUGGGCUGUCAGGUUGUGAUGAACAAGGAUUUAGAUGGGUUGGUGGUUCGACUGCCUUCGAUGACUCGCAACCUGCAGGCCAGCGACUUCCAGGCGAAGAAAUAA